AUGGGCGUGCCGGCGGUCGUGAUCGAUAAUGGGUCUGGCUUCAUCAAGGCUGGGUUCGGGGGCGAUCAACAUCCUUCAACCAUAUUUCCGAGCGUUAUUCAAUAUCCCACGAGAUCACCAUUAGACGUGCAGCUAAAUACUAGUGGAUGGCAAUCGGUCUACAACAUCGGCCAUGCGGUCAACCCUGAUCACCCGAUCCCGGGAUUCCAGCGUAUCCGUCGACCUCUCGAUCCAUACGGCAUGAUCCAGACAUGGGACGACAUGGACAAAAUAUGGAGACACACUUACAAAGAAAUCGGCGCCAACCCGUCCUCGCACCCGGUGAUUAUGACCGAGCCGGGAGUCCACGCUCCCAAAGACCAACGCCUCCGCCAAACAACCUACGUCUUUGAAAGCCUCCACGCCCACUCUUACUUCACCACAACCCCUGCCCUCCUGUCCUCCUACGCCGCCAACCUGCCGACGGCCCUCGUGGUCGACUCGGGCCACACCGCGACCUCGAUCCUCCCGGUCCGCGACUUCGCCCCUCUCCACGCCCUCGCCCGGCGCUGCGAGGUUGCGGGCCAGGCGGUGGACGAUUGGCUCGCGCACACACUCCGCGCCGACGAGCACGUCCACUUCCCCUCCAACGGCGCCGCCGACGACUUUGUCAGGCUGGCGAAGUUCGAGCGCGUGCGCGUCGCGAUGGACUUUGAGAAGGAGUAUGUAGAGUGGACCCUGCGCGCGCCCGACGACGAGAAGAGGUGGACGCUGCCGGACGGGAAGAGCGUGGUCCCCGGCCGGCCGGUGGAGGUGAUGGCGGGCGAGGUGAUGUUCAACCACGCCAUCUUGGGGCUCGAUGUGCCCGAGUUCUACCACGGGGUCUGUUCGAGCGUGGCGAACGCCGGGGAGGGGUUUGGAGGCACGCUGUUGAGGAACAUGUUGCUGGCGGGUGGAAACACCAUGAUACCAGGCUACGGCGAGCGGCUUCAGAAGGAGCUGGAGAGGAUUCUUCCGAAAGACAAGGUUAACGUCAUUUCACCGCGCAACAGAAUUUACUCUGCUUGGAUAGGGGGCUCCAUCGUCAGUCAGCUUUCCACGUUCAAAAACAUGUGUAUUUCUAGAGAGGAGUACGACGAGACGGGUCCUGAGGUGGUCAACAGGAAAUGUCUCUAG